ACCAAUUUUAUGGUCUGCAAUAUUUUCAUCUCAUUACAGAGAUAGAUUGCCCUUAAAAACGAUAUUCUGGCAGAAUGGCUGAUCCAGAGCCACAGCAAGUGAGGGCACCUGAGCCCAUCAACAUCACUGUCAUAAGAGCAAGAAAUCUGAGAGGUUCCAAGGGUGACAACAUCCAGGCAGUUGUCAGGGUAGAAUUUGGCGAGAAGACUUUGGGAGAGUCGCCAAAAGUUGAAUGUUCUCCCGAAGUCCCCGCAGAAUACAACUAUCAGACAAAUAUUAACUGCACCUUUGAAGAUCCUUUGGCUUUGGAUGAACUAGCCUGUAAACCUGUUGUAUUGACAAUAACAGAAGUUUUACCCAAAGAGAAAAAGCAGAAAGAGGAGAAGACAGUGAUUUUGGGCCAAUGUACCUUCGAUCUGUUGCCAUUGGUAAAAGGGGCUGUGAAGCACAAAUACACCCUACAAGUUCAUCCCCUCUCAGGAUCACCAUUAGAAAAUGCAUCUCCAGACCUACCAAUUGCUGAAGUUGACGUGAGCAUCUCGGUCAACGAUCCCUUACUCACAGAGGCCCAACUGGAGGAAUGUAACCUAAUGACACUGACUCUCGAGUCACUGUAUGCACCACCGGAGUCCUGGCAGCUGACCGGUGCCCAGCAUAUGUACACUGUCUCCCUGCCUAUACCAAUCACUGCUGAGAAAGAGAACACCAUCGUCUUCCCGAACGGUGUGUUGAAGCCAUCAGCUGAGAAGGAGCCACCUACAAAACAGAAGAAAUGGUUGAUGCCCGGGUCUGCACAAGGAAAUGCAACGCUUAUGCCUGAUAGUUUCAUCUCCAGCGACCAUAUUGAAGAUGAAGAUGGUGAUUACAGAGCCAAGGAGGACAGAGAUCAUCGGGCCGUUGCUGAGCAGGAGAAAAAUCGAUUGGUAUGGAACUCGGAGAGGAGAAGCCACUUCGAACCAGCAGCUUGCAAAAGCCUCCAAGACAAGAUUGCCAAGAACAGGUACUGGCCAGUUGAGGUGAUGAGGAUUGCAGCUCCGACUGGUGGCAAGGGCAAGAAGGAUGACGAUAAUGGCAUCAGCUUCCAUGGAGUGGCAUACGUUAACAUGGCUCCACUACUUUACCCCGGAGUUAAGCGCAUCCGUGGAGCGUACAAAGUUGCAGCUUUCAAUGAAAAUGACGUCUUUGAGAAGACAAAGAGGAAGGGCACCCUAGCGGAGGAGGCUGCAAGGAUCGCUAGUGGCAUGAUGAGUCGUAGCGCCAACUCGCCAUUCCCAAAGAAAGGGGAAGGAAAAGGUGGAGACAAACCUGGAAAGGAAGCUAAGAAAGGAGCAAUGACUUUGGGAAGACAAGUGUCUUUUGCGAAUGUCCCAGCGCCCUCUAAAGUCGUACUGGCAUCUGCCAUGCUGAAACCAACCGACACCGGAUCAGAAGCGGACCAGGCACCUGUCAACGUGGAGGGACAGCAAUACGUUGAGAACAAAUCAUAUAUCGUAAUUGAGAUCUGCCUAACUCGUCCCUUGGUGCCCAAGAGACCACCAGAGGAACUCGCCAGAAAAGUAGCUGAGUACAUCCCACCUCGGCCGUUGUUCCCCAAGAGGACGAACGGAGCUCAGAAGUCAGUGGAGGAAUACCAUUCACAGAUUGGAUCAGUGGCAAGCCUGGUACUGGAUGAAUUCAGAGACCUCUACGGCGAAGAGUUACGUCAGGGUGACAUGUCCCAGGAUGCCAAAGCCAUGGAAGCCAGGCGGCAGAAGUUAAUCUUCGAAUUAAACCAAUCGGGCAAAUACUUUGCCUUCAAAGAACAACUCAAGAAUGCUGUAGUCAAGAUCGUCAGAGAAAAAUACUUGAAGACAACAAACUUUGAGGAUAAAGAUCAGCUGCAGGCAUUCUUGAGUGAGCUGUAUGUCUACCUUGUCGACCAGAUGCAUGUAGCCCUGGGCAAAGUCCUCUCCCUAGAAGAUCAGACUCCCGUACCUGAACCCCUCACAGACUCCGCACAACUCAAACAUUUUGCUCGCGAGGCAGAAGUCAAUGAGAACUUUGAAUGGGCAACGAAAUAUUAUAAAGAGAGGAUCGCUCGGAAUAGGAAUGACCCCGAACAUUGGUUUGACUAUGGUACAUUUAGCUUGUACAUCAACGACUUGACGAAGGCUGAGGAAUGCUUCAAGGAGUGUGUUGCAAUUGAUCAGAAACAUUUAAAUGGAUUACUUCUGUAUGGUGUUGUUUGUGCCAUGGCGGAGAAGCAUGAAGCAGCAGAGACGUUUUUUGAAUGCGCCACAAGAGUCGACUCAAAAAGCAUUUUAGCUCUGACGAUGCUAGGUUUAUUUUACGAUGGUAUCGGCAAUGACAUUGGUGCUGAGAUGGCCUUCCUGGAGGCUAACAAGCUAAAUGUAGCAGCAGCAGCCGCUUUAGCCAAGGCUAACCGGCCUGCGCCUGUGGUGGAACCGAAAGAAGAGAAGCCGGAUACUCCGCAGGAGGAGGCUGCUAAAGAUGCAGAGAGCAUCGGAGAUCAGGAGGAGAUGGACAGGUCACCAAGGGACGAUACUACAUCAGAAAGUCACAAAGAGGGUGUUGAGAUCAAGAACAAUGCAGCCACGCCAGGAAGUUCCACCAGUGCUGAUAAGUCGAAAAGUCCUAACCCCGGUAGCAAACCAGGCUCGGAUAAGAAACCGUCCAACACGAAAAAGGUCGGUGGAGGUCUCGGUGCACGGACACGUAGCAAUGACAGCGUCAAUUCCAUCCGUCCGGGUAGUAAAGAAAAGGGUACCAGGAGUGUGAGUGUGACGCCUCAGCCUGAGGUGGAGGAGGAGCCAGCUGUCAGGGAGCCCACGCCGGUGCCAACUCAAUCCAUCUUUAUGCAAGCUGUUGAGUUUUUAUUGGAAGUCAAGGCUAUGCCGUUCACUGAGCGUGCCCUAGCCCAUGAGUUGCUGGACCCAAUGGGUGGGCCUACAGCUGCCUAUCACAUCGCAUUUGCCAGGCUGAAGUUACAAAAGAAAGAGUUUGAGGAUGCUGAGGAUUCGUUGAAUGAGGCUUUGCAGCUUGACUACCAGAAUGCGGAUGCAUGGUCGAUCAUGGGUCAUGUCAAGUACAUGCUCGGUGACACGACCAAUGCAAAGGAUUGCUAUGAGAGGACCCUUUCCUUCCUGAGUGACGCAACGGAGAUGCAUUCCAUAUAUCUGAGACUUGCUUCAAUCUACUUACAUGAAACCAAGUUCCAAGAAGCCAAAAAUACAUUCCUUAUGGCCUGUAAGAAUUCUCCGUCGUGUGUGUCUUGGUUAGGAGUGGGAAUUGCAUGCUACAGGCUUGAUGAGUUAUCAGAGGCUGAAGACGCUCUCUCAGAGGCCAACAUCUUGAAUAACUACGACCCUGAAGUGUGGAGCUAUCUCUCGCUCGUAUGUCUCAAGACAAGCAGGGAGCUGGAGGCUGAGCAGGCAUACAAGUAUGCUCUCAAGUUGAACCUCCAAGAUGAAGACCUGCUGAAUGAAAUCCAGCGAGUGCAAGAGGAAGUUGGUUUUGGAAAUCCACAGCUAUGAGUUACUGAAUGAACAUUAGCUUUGCUGAGGACUGGGUUGUGGCCACCUAAACAUAUUUGCACCCUUGGCAUGAUCUCUCAAAGUCCUUGUUGAUAUAAAGCAGUUCCAAAUCUAUAGCAGGGAAAGUCAAUGAGCGAUAUGACUAAAGACUACUGUUAGUUGAUGAUUUUACUUUAGUUCCUUUAAUACCAAAAUGUCUUGUGUAAAUGUACAUGUUUUGAUAAAAGGCAUUUACUAGUCUUUAUUCAUAUCACCCAAUGAUGAGUACUUAGGCUUCUUUCGAACAACCUGUUGUGAUAUUAUGCAAGGCUCUGCUGAGUCUAAACUAUGUCAGCUUGAUCUCUUGGCUGUGAUUCACUGUGCACAGAUCAACUUUGUUGUCAAUUGGUGGGAUGAGUUAAAAAUUGACUAGGAAAGCAAAAGGAAUUUUGUUAUUCAGUAACUUGAACUUCAUUUCCAAUCAUCCUUUUAGAGACACUUCAAGAAAGACAGAAAAAAUUGUCUUUAUUUAUAAGAUGCUACCUUUAAAAUUUAAAUGAUACUGAUUCCAUCCUUUAUUAUGUUAGUCCGUCCAAGAUGUAUGUAAAUAUUAGUCAGUCAUAUUUUGUAAAUAAUUUAUAAUACAUGUAUACAUGUACAUAAUGGAAUUUGAAGACAGUGGUCAGUCUAAUGUCAAUUAGUAUCUGUUUAAUGUGUACAGUAGCUUACUGUAUCAAUCUUAUCAGAUUGAACAUUCAAUCUUUAACAGGUUGAUUAGGAAGGGGGGGUGCUUUCACUUCAGAUAGUUCCAUCAUUUUGAAUUGAGUACAAACCGUCCAUCUUUAAUCAAUAAAUUAUUUGUGUAAACUUUUAUUUUUGAAUAAAUCACAUAUUUGAGUUA